AUGCAAAUCCCCAGUGGGGAUUUUUUGAAGACACGAAUAGCUCUGUUAGAGCGUCAACUAAGUGAAGAACGCAAAAAAGCGGAAGACCUGCAGUUCUCAAUCGAUGAGGCCACCUUCUGUGGCGAUGAGUUGAAUAAUAAAAAAAGAGAAAUAUUAAUUAAGCAGCAUCAAAAUGAAGCGUUGCAGCAGGAACUUGUUGAAAAGGAUCAAUCUCUUGAGAAGUUCUCUCUAUCCGAGUGUGGCAUCGAAAACUUGCGCAAGGAAUUGACUAUUGUCAAGGAGGAGGCUGAAAAGGAGCGCGUCCAAAUUCAAUCGGAUUUGAUACUAAGGCUGGAAGAAAAAUCCCAUGAGGUUCAGACCUUGCAGGAGCAAAUGACUAAUCUCAAGUCUUCGGUAGACAGCGUUGAAAGGGAACGUUCCAAUCUAGACGACGAAUGCCGCAUACUGCGAGAGGAAUGCAAGACACGCGAUGCUCAAAUUGGUGAUAUUACGAAUCAGUUGGCUAAAUUAUCGGCUGAAUUGUCCAUAAAAAAUGCAGAGUGUGCCACACUAGAUGAACUUGUCAAAGGUCAACAGAUGGGUAGCGACAUGGAGAAGGGCAAGCUUGAGGAGAAGACACGGGAAAUCGCGAAGCUGACGGAAGAAGUGUCCAAUCUACAACGCAUAAAACUGACUCUGGAGACCAACCUGCAAACGGCACAUGAGGAGCUCAAAAAAUUGGCGGAGAUUCAAAGCGGAAUCGAGACAAAAUUAAAAGAAGCCCUUGGUCAAGAUGAAGCGAGAAAGUCGGAUAUGGUUGCUCUAGAAAGUACCAUGACUGAUUUACGGCAAAAGAGUGAAAAAUUGCUUUGCGAAAACCAGGACCUUACCAACAAAAUUCAAGCCCUAACCGAUGAUUUAGAGAAGCAAAAAUCCAUGGGGGAAACUUGUGCUGUCCAAGUAUCCCAAAAAGAAAAUCUCUUGACUGACAGUUCCAAUAAGCUUAAAUCGGCCGAAGAAACUAUCGCAAAACUACAAAAAGAUUUGGAGCAAACUCUAGCGGAUAAAGAGCAAAGCCUACUUUCCAAGGAUCAGGAAAUCGCUUCGCUAAAAGUGGAAAUCGAGAAGAUGCAAAACAAGGUUACGGCUUUGGCCGGCGAGUCUUCGGUCGUUGUUCAGCAAUUAAGUGCCAAAAUAACCCACAUGGAAAGCCAAAACAAAAGACUUGAAGACGAUUUAAAGAAUUCAAAUGCCACAAUCGAAGACCAACGCUUAAAAUUCAUUCAAAAAGACGAGCUUAUUGCCAACAAGUUGGCUGCAUUGAAAUCCACAUCAACGGCCCUAGAAACAACCACAGAUUUGAUGGAAAAACUGAAGAGUGAACAUGGUGCGGUGAUCAAUCGAAAACAUGAAUUGGAAGAUUCGCUUAAGAAAGCCGAAGACCGGUGUGCUCAGCAGCAACUUGACCUGGGAGAUCUCACGCGCAAAUUGGAGAGUUCCAGUAGCAAAUGCGACAGUCUUAUACAGCAAAAUGAGGCAUUACAACAGGAACUUCUUGCAGUACGCACAACCAGCAGCACGGUUAAAAGCGAAGUGAAAAAGCUAAACGAAGAAAUCCAGCAGAAACAAACUGAAAUUGUUGCGUUGACCAACACUGCCGAUCAGGAACGCAUCCAAUUGACGGGAAAACUUGAAGAAUUGCAACAGAAACUUUCAAACAGCUCGAAAGAGUACAGUGAUCUCAAGGAAGUACUUCAGAAGACAAAGGAAGAACUUAGCAAAAAGUCUCAACAAAUUACAGAGCUGGAAGAGAAAAACAUUAAGCAAGAGCUGCAAAUUAGCGACCAGCUGCGUCAGCAGGAGAAUCUCCAAAGUAAAUAUGACUCAUUACAAAAACAAAACGAAUCCUUGCAGGGUGACCUAAUGGUCCUAAGAUCAUCCACAACAGACUCUAAUACAGAGAUCAUGAAACUUUCACAAGAUUUGGCCAGCAAACAAAAGUCACUCGACGAACUGAUGGACAAAUCUAGCACUGAGCGUGCCUGCUUGGAAAGCCAACUACAAGCAAAUCAACAGAGAAUCGAUGGAAUGUGCAGCCAAGUGGAGACUUUGACGCAAGAGCUGAAAAAAGUCACUGAAGAAAGUUUCUCACGCUACGAGCAGCUCAAAACGGAGCAAGAAAAAUGUGACAAAUUGCAACUGGAAAUGGCUGAUAGGCAAAGAAAACACGACAGUUUUGUGACUAAAUAUGAAGCGCUUGAAGAGCAGAAUAGGUGCUUACAGAAUGAUUUAAAUAGCUUGCAGCAAGGUUCGGCCAACUCUAACACCGAGAUUGUGAAGCUCACCGAAGAGUUGUCGCAAAAGCAGAAACAAUUUCAAGAUUUGGCAGACAAAUCAAACAGUGAACGCCUCACAUUUGAAGCCCAACUAGAAGAGGCCAACCAAAACCUUCUAACAAAGAAUAGCGAAAUGGAAACGCUGCUGUCUCAGUUAAAAAAUGUGGAAUCUUCCAAAGCGGAACUGUCUACAGCGUCUGACAAUGCCAAGAAAGAACUUGAGAAUAAAUUCCAAGCAGAGCUCAGGGAACUCAAGGAAUCGGAAGCUAUCAAACAAAAGUCCAUCAUCGAAAGCUUUGAAGCACAGCUCAAAAAUUCGGAACAAUCCAAGUCGUCUCUGGACGAAGCCAUCUCUAGCCUUCAAAAGCAAAUACAGUUGUUGCAGGAUGAGUUGCUCAAAUCACAGCUAGACUUUAAAGCAAAGGAAGCAGACAUGCAAAAGCAAAUUUCCAUUUUCCAAACAGAGAAGGAGCAACUCCAUUCUAAUCUCAAAAAAGCUCACGCCGAAGGUUCUUCGGCUAUCACAACUUUGCAGCAGGCGAAUGCUAAACUUCUGCAGUCUGAGCAGAAACUUAAGCAAGAGCUAGAGGAAAAAGAUAGUAUUUUAGCGAAGGCUUCGUGUGAAACGGAACAGCUUCGUAUUGUGCAGUCCAACACAAAGUCCGAACUUGACUUGGAGCUUCAGAAACUCCGUAAUGCUUUAGAACUUGCGACAACUGAAUCUGAGCACAGAGCCAAACUUAUCGAGGAGGACAAACGCAAAAUCCAAGAGCUUAAAGACCUCAUCGAAUCUCUCAAAACGUCCAAUGAAAAUAUCUCUGCCACCAAUGCCGAACUUGCCGAAGCCUUAGAAAUACUGGAACAAGAAAAAUGUGAAACAGCCCACAUAUUUGAGAUUUUUGAAAUGGAGUCCGAUCAAAAUACCGAAAAAUUCAUCGAAAAAUUGACGAAUAUUAAGAAAGAACUUACGAGCACACAGCUUCAGUUGAGCGCAAAAGACGCCAAACUCAAGGAAAAAGAAGAAAGCUUAGCAGCAACAGAUCUUGCCCUAAAACAAUCGCAUGCUUCUCUUGAAGAGGUCCGAUCAACUAGCCUGCAAACUUCAACCCAACUCAGAGAACUGCAACAGGCGAACGAAGAGCUUAAACAGCAGUAUACGCUAACCGAAGCUAAGCUCAAAGAACAGCACGAGUUCGAACAACAACUUGAAGAAUACAAAAAAAUAAUCGACGAAUUAGACGAUGCAUCAACGGAGAAGACGACACAACUGCAGCAGCUGCAAACGCACAUUAGCCAACUCCAGCAAAAUCAAUCUAAAAAUCUGGAGAGAGAGCAGGCGCUAAGCAUGGAAUGCGCCAAUCUCCAACGGAAACUGGAAGUGGCCGAAAUGGAAAAGACCAAAGAAAUAGUGACGCUAAAACAACGAAUUAGCGACUUACAAUCCACAAGCAAUCUUAAACAAAAUGGUGCCGGCAAUGGUCCACGCCAAGAGGGCACAGACAAUGGUGACAGUGCAGCGCAAAUCGAUUUCCUCAACUCCAUAAUAGCCGACAUGCAGAAGAAAAACGAUACCCUCAAAGCCAAAAUAGAAGCUCUCGAAGCAUUACCUACAGAUUUCACAAAACCGAAGGCUUUUGAAUUGUUAACAAGAAGGAAACCUGCACCUCGGGUCUUUUGUGAUAUUUGCGACGAAUUUGACAAACACGAAACCGAAGAUUGUCCACUACAAGCCUCCGAUGAUAGGGACUACUCGCCACCGCCAAGAGAUAAAAGAAAUGGUUCGAAGGAAAGAAAAGUACCCGAACCGCGCAAGUAUUGUGAAUCAUGUGAAGUAUUUGGCCACGAAGCCGGAGAAUGUGAUGAUGAAUGUUAUUAGUUUAGUUUGUGUUAAUUUAUCAACUCAGUUAGUCUAAUAUUUGUAUGUCUUGUUGUAAGCCAGGCCCCAUCUUUGGCAACUAACCUUCUAACGAAUAGCUUAUAUAAUAUAGUAAUUCUUAUUGUGAUUCUAUAUCUAUGCGUCAUAUUCUAUGGAGUCAUAUUUUUAUAUUUAUUGUUUUCAAUUUUUGAAUUUAUUAUAUAGACAGAUUUAUGUAACAUUUGUCAAUUCGAAUUGUUAUGUUAGUGCGCCGCAUUCUUUCAUUUGGGAUAUUUAAUUUUACUAUUA